CUGGCGGGGGGAGGACAGGGUUGCGGCGGGCGGAACGGUGUCUCCUUCACUUCGCCCUCCAGCCGCGGUAGCUGCAGCCCAAGCCUGAGCGAGCCGAGCGGCCUCAGCUGCGAGCAGAGCGGCGGCAGCAGCCCCUCCCGGGAGAGCACCAGCAGAUCACCUCUUUCUGUGGCUUCGCCAUGGCGACCUAUGGACAGAGCUGCGCGCGGCCAAUGUGUAUUCCUCCAUCAUAUGCUGACCUUGGCAAAGCUGCCAGAGAUAUUUUCAACAAGGGAUUUGGUUUUGGGUUGGUGAAACUGGAUGUGAAAACAAAGUCAUGCAGUGGUGUGGAAUUCUCAACAUCUGGUUCAUCUAACACAGACACUGGUAAAGUUACUGGAACCUUGGAGACCAAAUAUAAAUGGUGUGAGUAUGGUCUGACUUUCACAGAAAAAUGGAACACUGAUAACACUCUGGGAACAGAAAUAGCAAUUGAAGACCAGAUUUGUCAAGGUUUGAAACUGACAUUUGAUACUACCUUUUCACCAAACACGGGAAAGAAAAGUGGUAAAAUCAAGUCUUCUUACAAGAGGGAGUGUAUAAACCUCGGUUGUGAUGUUGACUUUGAUUUUGCUGGACCUGCAAUCCAUGGUUCAGCUGUCUUUGGUUAUGAGGGCUGGCUUGCUGGGUACCAGAUGACCUUUGACAGUGCCAAAUCAAAGCUGACAAGAAACAACUUUGCAGUGGGCUACAGGACUGGGGACUUCCAGCUACACACUAAUGUCAAUGAUGGGACAGAAUUUGGAGGAUCAAUUUAUCAGAAAGUAUGUGAAGAUCUUGACACUUCAGUAAACCUUGCUUGGACAUCAGGUACCAACUGCACUCGCUUUGGCAUUGCAGCCAAAUAUCAGUUGGACCCCACUGCUUCCAUUUCUGCAAAAGUCAACAACUCUAGUUUAAUUGGAGUGGGCUAUACUCAGACUCUGAGGCCUGGUGUCAAGCUUACACUGUCUGCUCUGGUAGAUGGGAAGAGCAUUAAUGCUGGAGGCCACAAACUUGGGCUUGCCCUGGAGUUGGAGGCUUAAUCUAGCUGAAAGAAACCUCUGGGAAUGGAUAUCAGAAGAUUUGGCCUUAAUAUAUUUCCAGUGUGACCGACCAGCAGGCUUUUUCCCCCCAAGAAGGUGAUCAAAACAAAGGAUGAUCUAAACAAGAGCUGUAUUUUAAAUAUUUAGACAGUUACUUGUUAGCUGGUUUCUAGUUGAAUCGGUUAUCUAUCUAGUUACCAAUGCUGCAGUUGUGCAGUCACCUAUACAUUAUUUAAAUGUAUUUAACUGUUAAAUGCGCUACCCACCAAUAAUGAAAUAGACCUUUAUGAAAACUGUGCAA